AUGGGUUGGUCUCACGCAGCGGGGACGAAUGAUCCUCCCGAGGUCCGCAACUGGACCAUUCACUGGAUUGCUCUGGUGGCAUCAUGUGCAGCGCUCGCAAUGGGUUACGACAGCGCCGUCAUCGGUGGCACCAUGGCCCUGGACUCGUUCAAGCGAGACUUUGGCUUCAACGACAUCCCGGCCUCGCUCCGUGACGCCCACAGCGCCAACAUCGUCAGCACCUUUCACGUCGGCUGCUUCUUCGGGGCGCUCUUCACCUUCCCCGUCGCGGAACGGAUCGGUCGUCGCUGGUCCAUCCUGAUCGCGUGCCUGAUCUUCAUGGUGGGCGGCAGCAUGAUGGCCGCCGCCAACGGGCAGGUCUCCCUCAUCAUCGCCGGCCGGGCCAUCGGCGGGCUGGGCAUCGGAUCGGCGUCGCUCGUCGUGCCGGUCUACAUCGCCGAGACGUCCCCUCCCAGCGUCCGCGGCAGGCUGGUCGGCAUCUUCGAGGUGGCGUCGCAGUCGGGCGGCAUGCUGGGGUUCUGGAUCAACUACGCCACGGACCGCACCAUCGACGUCCGGAACGAGGCCCAGUGGAUCGUGCCCCUGGCGCUGCAGCUGCUCCCCAUCGUGGUCCUGGCGGCGGGGAUCCUCUUCUGCCCCGAGUCGCCGCGCUGGCUCGCGCGGGGCGACAGGUUCGACGAGGCGGAGAAGGUGCUCACGUACCUGCGCAACCUGCCGGCGGACCACGAGUACGUCCGCACCGAGAUGGCGGCCAUCAGGGCGCAGGUGGAGGAGAGGAGCACGAUGCGCAUGAGCAAGAAGCAGCAGCUGGCCAAGGUGUUUCAGAGGGGCACGCGGAACCGCAUCGCCAUCGGGGCGGCCCUCAUGUUCCUGCAGAGCUUCACGGGCGUCAACAUCAUGACGUACUACUCGCCGCGCAUCUUCGAGACGCUGGGCAUCACCGGCACGGCCACCAAGCUCUUCAGCACCGGCAUCUACGGCGUGGCCAAGAUGCUGGGCAUGCUGGCCUUCACCUUCUUGGUGGUCGAGGGCCUCGGCCGCCGCAAGGGUCUGAUCUGGGGCGCCCUGCUGGGCUGCCUGCCGCUCUUCUACGUCGGCGGCUACGUCAUGAGGGCCGACCCGCUCCGCCGCGCCGCCCAGGGCGACCUGGUCCAGGACGGCUGGGGCUACCUCGCCAUGGUCUGCAUCUACCUCAACGCCUUUGUCAUCUGCGCCACCUGGCAGGGCAUCACCUGGACCUACGCCGCCGAGAUCUUCCCGCUCGACAUCCGCAUGCUGUGUGUUGCCCUGACCACCGCCACCACCUGGCUUGGCUCCUUUGUCGUCGCCCGCGCCACCCCCUACAUGAUCACGGACCUCGGCUACGGCACCUACUUUAUGUUUGGGGCCUUUGUGGUCGCCAUGGGCAUCUGGGCGUUUUUCUUUGUGCCCGAGACGAGAGGCAUCUUCAUCGAGCAGAUGGACGCCCUCUUCGCCAAGCCUAUGCACAAGGCUGUUUGGGACCAGCUACGAGGCAGGCCGGUCGUGGUCGACUCGGCAGGUUCCAUUGCGGCUGCCAAGAAGGACGGAGAUGCGGAUUCUAUUGACGAAAAGAAGGAAAAAGAUGUUGCCCAUGUUGCAUAGCAUUAUGAUAGCUCGUCCUCGUACUCGACGACAGCCUCCUCGCGGCCCGCCACCGCCUCGGCAAAAUCCACAAAGCACCUGGCCGGAAGGGACGCCCGGGCGCCCGCCGCCCUGGCCCGCAGCACAUCCAGACACAGCGCCACGAGCCGGAGCACCAGCGGCGCCAUCCUCGUGGCGUUGACGGCGAAGGGCGCGCCGGCGUCGAACCCGGGCCGCGCGACCCUGCGCAUGGCGCCGCACAGGUCGGCCACGCCGUGCGCGAGCUGGAAGCACGCCCCGCCGGCCCCGUCGGCCCGGCUCAGCCGCAGCGCCUCGAACAGCACGCCGUACACGGUCGCCUGCACCGCCGCCGCCGUCCAGCCGGGCGGCCGGGCGGUGCGCGUCGCGAUCGGGCCGGGCGGCGCCAUGUCUGCGAUCGCGGCCGCGAGGAGCCGCACGUGCGCGUCCAGCUCGUGCAGCACCCGCUGCAUCUCGCCCACCCUUGCGCGCGUCUCGGGCUCCGCAAACCCCACGCCGUCCAGCGCCGUGCGCAGCUCCGCCGCCGUGAGGAUGUCGGCCCGCCAGGUUCGGUGCUGCGAGGCCAGUGGCGGGCUUGUCAUGCUGUCGUUGAUGGCUUUCCAUUCCGACGCUAGCAGGAGGUGGCUGCGGGUGGAGAAGGUCGGGUUUUUUUGUUUUGUUUUGUUUUGUUUUGUUUUGUUCUGUUAG